CUUUAUGACGUUGGACCCUAAGUGUCCCCUUGAACUUUUGACAUGCCUCCAAAGCAAUCAUCAGGUACAGGCCGUGGCCGACCAAAAGCCACAACCAAGAAAGGCGCCAAGGCAUCAGAACCCGAAUCCGAACCACAAUCGAGUAAUCCAUUUGAGCUCUCAGAUGACGAUAACAACCGACACGGGACCUCAACGCGUGAAGCACAAGCUGUAGAAGAGGAGGAACCUGACAAGUCGAUCCCGCCAGAGCUGCUCACACGGCUGCUGCACGAAUUCUUUGCUAAAGAUGCGACGCGGAUAUCAAGAGAUGCAAACGCCGCGGCGGGCAAAUACUUUGAUGUAUUUGUGAGAGAGGCUAUUGCGAGAGCGGCUGUCGAGAAGGAUGGCGGAUUUCUCGAAGUCGAGGACCUGGAGAAGGUAUCACCACAGUUGUUGCUGGAUCUUUGAGUGGUAUCAAUCGGUAUCUCUUCUACCUUCGGGGUGAACAAGAGUCGAAGUGUUCAAUGGGGCGUAUGGUGGCUCUCCGGGCCAGUGACUUCCUAUGUUGCACUUUGA